CCCAGUAGAUCUUCAAUAGCUGACCUGUAGCUGCCAGCAUCUCUACCCUGCAGGUCCCAGUCUGCAGAGCAGGAGCUGCAAUGGAGUCCAAGUGGGAUGCGCUGAGCACACUGGGGGCCAUCACGGCCGCCUGGCUGCUGCUGCGGGGGACCUGGGGAGUGGCCCGCGCUGUGUACGUGUACCUGCUGCCCCAGGUCCGGAGGGGCAAUGCUUGGCUCCGGGCACAGGGAGCCUGGGCAGUGGUGACAGGAGCCACCAGCGGCAUUGGCAAGGCCUACGCACACGAGCUGGCCAGGAGGGGGCUGGACAUAGUCCUUAUCAGUAGAAGCCACAGCAAGUUGGAGCAGGAGGCCAGGGAGAUCGAGCGGCUGCACGGCAGGUCCACGCGCAUCAUCCAGGCCGACUUCACCGGGGGCUUGGAGAUCUACGGUGCCAUCGAGGCAGGACUGCGGGGCCUGGAGAUCGGAGUCCUGGUGAACAAUGUGGCCAUGAUGUACGGAGGCGGCGCCUCAACCUUUAGGAAGCUGCUGGACCUUGAGGACCUGGGCCAGAGUGUAUCAGAUAUCAUCAACUGCAACGUGAUGUCGGUGGCACAGAUGGUCCGCAUCGUCCUGCCCCAGAUGGUCAGCAGGGGCAAAGGUAUCAUCAUCAAUGUGUCCUCCGUGACGGACUGCAGGAGCACCCCAUUUCUUUCCCUGUACUCAGCUACUAAGGCCUUUGUGCGAACCUUCUCGGAGGCGGUGUGUGCAGAGUACUUUCCUCAGGGUGUCACCAUCCAGGUGCCCAAGGGAUUCGCGGAGACUGUGAGCCCCGUGUGGGUCUCCACAAACAUGACCUCCAAUGGGCGGACAAGUCGCCUCGUGAAGGACGCCGACGAGUUCGCCCAGGAGGCGCUAGACACACUGGGCCUCUCCUCCCACGUCUCUGGCUGCCUGAAGCAUGCAGUGCAGAGCUUCCUGCUGCCUUUUAUCCUGCCCGCGUGGUUACUGCACAGUCGCUGGGUGAUCAGCCUUCUGUCUGCAGGAAACAAGUCCAAACUUUUCCCUUCAGUUAAACCCCGGGGAACUUAGUGAAGAUGGGUCCCAAGGUCUCCCGUGGGUGUAAUGGAGCAGCAGGCUGCUGGACACCGCGCUCUGGGUGCCAGGGCAGCCUGGCUGUGCUCUGGCAGAAAGACGCAGUUUUCCAUAUGAGCUGUGGACAGCCAGACAGCCACCUGGUGAUCUUUUUAUAAAAGUUGUAGUGAUUGUGCAGCCUAGAGAAUAUAUCAAAAAGUCAUAAAUUACAUUCAUUAAA